UCUUAAAUAUGAUUUUAUAUCUACCACUGUUCCAGCAAAUUAUGGUUUUAUUGUGUAAAUGACUCAGUGAUAACAGGAUCAUAUGUCAUAAAGAACACAAUUCUGAUAGGAAAAUAUAAUUUAAAUUAAGAAACACAUAGAUAAUAUUUCAUCUAGAACUUAUUUGACUUUGUCUAAAACCUGAAAAUCUACAGAGUCACAUGGUGGCGCUGCAGGAUAAGAUGCAGAAAUUUUCGUAGGAGCAGAUGCUCUGGUUUCCCUUAACCAGUGAAACUGAGAGUGCUGGAGAAAACAGGAGAAAGGCGGCUUUUCAAAGUAAGACAGGGCAACAACAUCCUCUGGACAGGAUUGCAAAAUAUAGAUUGUCUAAAGUCCAGGAUACAGGAGCAACUCCCAGAGCUGCUAGAGAUUGAGUUGAAACGUUUCCACAGGAAGGAGUUCAACUAAGAAGCCAUGGAUCUGCAAGAGAGAAUUGCUCAGCAGAUAAGGCAAGUGCUGCUUUCCUUUGUUUUGCUGGGAGGGUCUUUGGUGUGUUCUGAGACCUGGAGAUAUUCUGUGGCAGAGGAAAUGGAGAUUGGCUCCUUCAUAGCCAAUGUAAUAAAAGAUAUGGAUUCCAGUGUGGAAGAUCUGGCUGCACGGAGGGCCAGAGUCAUCUUUGAUGACUAUAAACCUUACUUGAGGUUGGAACAGCAGACUGGAAACUUGGUCUUAAAUGAGCAACUGGACCGGGAGGCACUUUGUGAUAUCACUACGCCCUGUAUAUUGCAUUUCCAGGUGUUAUUUGAAAAUCCUUUGCAAUUUUUUCGGGCUGAGCUUUUGAUCAAAGACAUAAAUGAUCACACUCCUAUGUUCCUAGAUGAACACAUACUUCUAAAAAUAUCUGAAGGUACUACACCAGGAACUUCAUUUCAAAUGGAUAGUGCUCAGGACUUAGAUGUAGGAAGGAAUGGUGUUCAAACCUAUACAGUAAGCCCCAAUCCUUACUUUCACCUUAACAUACAAGAGAGUGUUGAGGGCAGAAAAUACCCAGAGCUGGUAAUUGACCAAUCUCUGGAUCGGGAAAAGGAGCCUGAAAUUAUUUUAACUUUAACAGCCUUAGAUGGAGGGUCCCCACCAAGGUCUGGAACUUCACUGAUUCAAGUUGUUGUCCUUGAUAUCAAUGAUAAUGCCCCAGAGUUUGAGAGACCAGUCUAUGAGGUGCAGGUCCCAGAGAACAGCCCUGUGGGCUCCUUGAUAAUCACAGUGUCUGCUACAGAUUUAGAUGCAGGAAUAAAUGGAGAACUAUCUUAUUCAUUUUCUCAUAUUGCUAGAGAUGUGCGGAAAACAUUUGAAAUCCACCCAAUUUCUGGUAACAUCCAUUUGAAAACAAUUCUUGAUUUUGAGAUUAUUCAGUCUUAUACAAUAAAUAUUCAGGCCAUUGAUGGUGGGGGUCUUUCUGGAAAAUCAGUCAUUAUAGUUCAGGUUGUAGACGUGAAUGACAACCCACCAGAAAUAGCCAUGACAUCUCUUACUGGCCUCAUACCAGAAAACUCUUCACCAGAGAUGGUGGUCGCUGUUUUCAGUAUCCGGGACAAAGACUCUGGGGACAAUGGGAGGAUGAUUUGCUCAAUUCAAGACAACCUCCCCUUUCUCUUGAAGCCUACUUUCAAGAAUUUCUACACUCUGGUAACAGAGCACCCCCUGGACAGAGAGAUAAGAAUGGAAUAUAAUCUCACCAUCAGGAUCACUGAUUUAGGAACACCCAGAUUGAAAACCACACACAACAUAACAGUAGUGGUCUCCGACGUCAACGACAACGCCCCUACCUUCUCCCAAACGUCCUAUACUCUGUUGGUGAGAGAAAACAACAGCCCUGCCUUGCAAAUAGGCAGUGUCAGAGCCACAGACAGAGACUCAGGCACCAACGCCCAGAUCACCUACUCGCUUCUGCCAAACCAGGACCCGCACCUGCCCCUCGCCUCUCUGGUCUCCAUCAAUGUAGACAAUGGGCAGCUGUUCGCGCUGAGGGCGCUGGACUUCGAGGCCCUGCAGGCGUUCGAGUUCCACGUAUGCGCCACAGACCAAGGCUCGCCCACGCUCAGCAGCCAGGCGCUGGUGCGAGUGGUGAUGCUGGACGACAAUGACAACUCGCCCUUCGUGUUGUACCCAAUGCAGAAUGCCUCUGCGCCCUGCACCGAGCUGGUGCCCAGGGCGGCAGAGCAGGGCUACCUGGUCACCAAAGUGGUGGCGGUGGAUGGAGACUCGGGCCAGAACGCCUGGCUGUCAUACCAGCUGCUCAAGGCCACGGAGCCAGGGCUGUUUGGCGUGUGGGCGCACAAUGGCGAGGUGCGCACCACCAGGCUGUUAAGCGAGCGCGACGCGGCCAGGCACAGGCUGGUGGUGCUGGUCAAGGACAAUGGCGAGCCUCCGCUGUCUGCCAGCGUCACGCUGCACGUGCUGCUGGUGGAUGGCUUCUCCCAGCCCUACCUGCCGCUCCCGGAAGUGGCGCCCGAGCGCGCUCAAGGGGACUCGCUCACUGUCUACUUGGUCAUCGCCUUGGCGUCGGUGUCGUCUCUCUUCCUCUUCUCUGUGCUGGUGUUCGUGGUGGUGAGGCUGUGCAGGAGGAGCAAGGCGGCGCCGCUGGGUGUGUAUUCGGUGACUGAGGGCCACUUUCCUGGACACCUGAUGGAUGUCAGCAGCACUGGAACCCUGUCUCAGAGCUACCAGUAUGAGGUUUGUCUAAAGGAAGGCUCAGGGACUAGCGACUUCAAGUUUCUGCAGUCUAUUAAUCACAAUCAUCAAGGGACUGUGAAUGAUACGGAGUAAAAUUCUAGCUUUGCAAAUUGUUUUGGAUAAUUAGUGACUGUUGGUUUUCAGAUAAUUCGGGAUACAGGUUAAUUUCUUUCUAAGUGUAAUAGAUCUCCAUUAUAUUUUGGGUUCAUAUAAAAUUUUCUAAUGUUUUUCAUUGAUUUUUCUAGUUAAUAAGAAAUUUUUCUCUAAUGUAGUCUCAUUAUUUCCUUCUCUUUUAUCAUUUUUACUUGAUGGUGACAACAAAAUUUCAACUUUACUCAUUACUGAAAAGUUGCAGAUAUCUCUUCUAUCAACUUUUUUUAAAGUAUUAGUUAUUGAACCCAUGGGUGCUUUAACAUUGAGGGACAUCCCCAGCACCUUUUUAUUUUUUAUUUUGUGACCAGAUUUUUCUAAUUUGCUUAUGGCCUUGCUAAAUUGCUGAAGCUGGCCUGGAACAUGUGAUCUUCCUGCCUCAGCCUCUGGAGCUGCUGGGCAUGAGCCACUGUGCUCAGCUUAUUUAUCAGCAUUUCAACAUCAAAUAGUACUGAUUUGAAUAUGAUGCCAGCCCCAUUCUAUUUCAUUGUUGUCUAGUAAUUUUUUCUAAAUUUGAUGAUUUGAAGACAAGCAUAAUAUAAUGAAUGGUUAGUAUUUCCUGUUUAUCUGAUAAUAUGCUUUCCUGUGUAGCAUAUUUAAAUGGAGAAAUAUCUGUAAAAAUGCAUGAUUUUAUUUUAUAGUAGGAUUACAUCAACUUAAAGUCUUUCCUACUCUUUAUAUCAACUUUCAGAAUAUAAUUAUCAGAUUUUCUCAAGCAUUGCAAGUGAUAUUUUGUUUGGCUAAAUAUGUGAAAGAAAUACAGAAAGUCAAUCCUCUGAGAGACAAGAAGGAAGGAGAUAUCCAAAAAAUAACUUUGGUGUAGAUUUUCCUGUUGUAGAUGUUUCAUUUCCUUCCAAUAAGUUUUGUCUCCUGGGAUUAUUAAAAAUAAAUUUUCUGGGCUGGGAAUAUAGCUCAGUUGGUAGAGUAUUUGCCUUGCAUGUAUGAGGUCCUGGGUUCAAUCCCCUGCAUCACAAAAUAAAAUAAAAUAACUUUCUUUUAAGAUAGCUAAGUGAGGCUUUUUUCUUGUUUAAAAGCAUGUUUAGAUAUUCUUGCAUAUACUGGUGAAUUAGAGCUUACUAUUAAUUUGAGAUUUUAUUAUGACUUUUAAAAAGUAUUUAUCUUUUAGUUAUAGAUGGACACAAUAACUUUAUUUUAGUUUUAUGUGGUGCUGAGGAUCCAGCCCAGUGCCUCACGUAUUGUGGGCAAGUGCUCUACCUCUGAGCCACAGCCCCAGCCCUUUAUUAUGGCUUUUUCUAUUAACAAUAUCAUUUUCCAUCAAAAGGGUUGUACACUAUUAGUAGUGUGGAAGAGUCAUGUACAAGUUUUGCUAAAAUAUAUAAUUUGAGAAGAACUGAAGGAUAUUUCCAAUGUACUUCCCAAUUGUUUAAUAGAAAUUCUUAGAAAAUUCUGAUAUAUAAGAUAGAGCUUUUGAAUAUCAUUAGUAUCAUAAUAGUGUUUGUGUGAAAUGCUGUUGACAAUGUAAAAUGUGUAUCUAAAAGAGAUGUAUACCUUAUUUGUAAGAUAUUCAUAACCUUAUUGUCAUAUUAUUUCUUUUUGCAGUGUAUCUCUUGGGUUAGAAAGAGCCAAGGUAUUUUAUCAUUCAAUGAAAAGACAUUUAAUAUCACUGUGAAUUAUUUCAAGUUAUUUUAAAUGCUUGAUGUAUCAAAAAUAGAUACUUGGGAAUACUCUGUCUUAUUUAAUAGAGCUUAUCUAACAACUGGGAUCCCAGAAAAAGAAGAGAUGUCUAUAGUAGGGGAAGAAUCCAUCUAUCAGAAUUUUAAAAUUAAUUGUGAUUUAUCCACUGGUCCAUUUGACAAAUAUUUAUGGAGCAUCUACCAUGAG